CCUCAUCCUCUUCGAUAUAUAAACACCGACGACCUCUUUAUCUCUUUCACAAUUCAGCUUCCAAUUCCUAAAACCUAAUAAUCAAUCCCUCAAUCGUGAUCAAGAUGCAGAUCUUUGUUAAGACUCUCACCGGAAAGACAAUCACCCUCGAGGUGGAAAGCUCUGACACAAUCGACAACGUCAAAGCCAAGAUCCAGGAUAAGGAAGGUAUCCCUCCGGAUCAGCAAAGGCUUAUCUUUGCCGGUAAGCAGCUAGAAGAUGGCCGUACCUUGGCUGACUACAACAUCCAGAAGGAGUCGACGCUUCAUCUCGUUCUCAGGCUUCGUGGUGGUAUGCAGAUCUUCGUCAAGACUCUUACCGGAAAGACCAUUACUUUGGAGGUGGAGAGCACUGACACCAUCGACAACGUUAAAGCUAAAAUCCAAGACAAGGAGGGUAUCCCACCGGACCAGCAGAGGUUGAUCUUUGCCGGUAAGCAGCUUGAAGAUGGCAGGACUUUGGCUGACUACAACAUUCAGAAGGAGUCAACCCUUCAUCUUGUUCUCAGGCUUCGUGGUGGUAUGCAAAUCUUCGUCAAGACGUUGACUGGAAAGACUAUUACUUUGGAGGUGGAGAGCUCUGACACUAUCGACAAUGUUAAGGCCAAGAUCCAAGACAAGGAGGGUAUCCCACCGGACCAGCAGAGGUUGAUCUUUGCCGGAAAGCAACUUGAAGACGGCAGGACUUUGGCUGACUACAACAUUCAGAAGGAGUCUACACUUCACUUGGUCUUGCGUCUCCGUGGAGGUAUGCAGAUUUUUGUCAAGACUCUCACAGGCAAGACCAUCACCCUCGAGGUUGAGAGCUCCGACACCAUUGACAACGUGAAGGCCAAGAUCCAGGACAAGGAAGGUAUCCCUCCGGACCAGCAGCGUCUCAUCUUCGCUGGAAAGCAGCUUGAGGAUGGUCGCACAUUGGCUGACUACAACAUCCAGAAGGAGUCGACCCUUCACUUGGUCCUUCGUCUCCGUGGUGGUUUCUAAACUCUGUUAUGGUUACGCAAAAGUUUCUUAUAAAACUUGUGUAUUUUGGGGCUUUACAAGUUCCCAAAUAAAUAAUUGAUGAACUAUGUUUGUGGCUUUUUUAUAUUUCUCUUCUUUCUUUCUAAUGAAAAAUCGAAUUAAUGGAAUUAUAGUAAAAUUCCGAUGGUUUCCUCAA